UUCUUCAUUAACAUAGAAUACUCCAACAGGAAGUAUAACUAGCUCAGUUGGUGGUAUGGCAAAAAAACCUCUUGUUAAUCUAAGCCUCUCAAACAGGAAAUGACUAUGACUUCUGUGCUAUAGAGACUUCAGCUGAAGAGCAUUUGUGGUUAUCAACCAUUUGAGAGUUUGCUUCAGUGUGAACAGUGCAUGUGAUGGCCCAGACAAAAGAUCCUAACUUUGGGCAGCCAUCAGGCACAAACUCUGCCCUUCAGAGGCUGGACACAUUAGCUAGCCGAUUUUUUUGCAAGGUUCGAAAAGGGCACCAGGAGAAAGGACUGGAGAAUGAGGGGCCACAUGUGUCAGAGUAUACCAUCCUUUGGGAUGCAACAAUGAAAGAGUUCUUAGCAAAAGCCAAAGAGGACUUCUCUAGGAAAUGGGACUGUCAGCCACAGAGCACAUCGUGUCUAGAUGACUUUGAUAGACUGAAAACUCUUGGCACUGGAUCUUUCGGAAGAGUAAUGCUAGUCAAGCACAGACAGUCGGGACAAUACUACGCUAUGAAGAUUCUGGACAAAGAAAAAGUGGUGAAGCUUAAACAGAUAGAACACACAUUAAACGAGAAGAAAAUAUUACAAGCAGUGUCCUUUCCUUUCCUUGUGAAGCUGGAGUUCGCUUUUAAGGAUAAUUCAAAUUUAUACAUGGUCAUGGAGUAUAUCCAAGGCGGUGAGAUGUUCUCACAUCUGAGACGGAUUGGAAGAUUCAGUGAGCAGAACGCACGGUUCUAUGCUGCUCAGAUUGUUCUGACAUUCGAGUAUCUUCAUGCUCUAGACCUCAUCUACAGAGACCUUAAACCUGAAAACUUGCUCAUCGAUCAUCAGGGAUACAUCCAGGUAACAGACUUUGGCUUUGCCAAACGAGUCAAAGGCAGAACUUGGACGUUGUGCGGUACACCAGAGUACCUGGCACCAGAGAUCAUUCUCAGCAAGGGCUACAACAAAGCUGUUGACUGGUGGGCAUUGGGCGUUCUGAUCUACGAAAUGGCUGCUGGAUAUCCACCUUUCUUUGCUGAUCAACCUAUUCAGAUCUAUGAGAAAAUUGUAUCUGGCAAGGUACGAUUUCCUUCACACUUUAGUUCAGACCUGAAGGAUCUUCUGCGCAAUCUGCUGCAGGUGGACCUCACAAAAAGGUUUGGCAAUUUGAAAAAUGGAGUCAGCGACAUCAAAAACCACAGAUGGUUCGCUACAACAGACUGGAUUGCAAUCUAUGAGAAGAAGAUUGAUGCUCCUAUCAUACCAAAGUGCAGAGGACCUGGAGACACGAGUAACUUUGAUGAGUACGACGAGGAAGACAUCCGGGUAUCUGUCACAGAGAAAUGUACAAAAGAGUUCUUGGAGUUUUAGGAUUUCUGUAAAGGCUUUAGUAGAAGUUUACAUGGUUAUUUUGUCUUAUUAUGCUUCUUCAAAGUUGAAUCCAAGAACAUCACAAUUCCUUCCACAGUGCUUUAUUCAAAUAAACUUUGGGAGGUUUGGAAAUUCACAGGUGUCUUUACCAGUGAAGUGUAGUCUACAGCAUUAAGAAAAAAAGAUCACAUAGUCUUCUGUUUGGAAACAUUAUGUUAAUGAAUUUAUACAAUGAAUAAACCCUAUUUUUCCCACAUUGAACAAUUUUUGUGUGUGUGUGUGUGUGGAAAAGUAGCCUUUAUGUUUAGUAUUAAUACAUGAAAAAAAAAAACGCAAUUCCACAUUAUGUUUAACUGUGUGUGCACAGUAUGUAGAAUAUGUGUGCCAAAGAAAGGUUCUGGUUGUUCAGAAACGUCAAAAGAUAAAGUAAGUUUUUGAAUGGCACUGAAAUUGUAAUGAAAAGAUGCCUUUGAUUUGUGCACCUUCUACAUUCAUCUGUCUUCUUAUAUGGACCAUGUGAAUACUUUUAUUUUUAAGAGAAAUGGUAUAUCUGCUGUAGAGAUUAUGAUGUCCAAUUCUGGGACAAUUUAUUUUGACACUGAAUAAAAGAAAAUUAUUUACAUUGC